AUGGCACCGAAUGUCCGUGAUCCAUCACAUGCUGGAUCGUGGUACACCGACGAUGGCGCAACACUCUCACAGCAGCUCGACAACUGGUUGUCCAAAGUUCCGAGCUCAGCAACGCCUAUAGGAUCGGCUUCGUCAAAGCAAGGGGAUGUUGAAAUACCGGUCCGAAAUGCUAGAGCUAUCAUUGCACCGCACGCUGGUUACUCGUACUCAGGGCCUGCUGCUGCAUGGGCCUAUAAGAGCGCUGACUGGGCGAAUGCCAAACGCGUCUUUCUGCUUGGUCCCUCCCACCACUGGGGCCUUCCGGGCGCCGCAACGACUGCCUGCAGUGAAUACGGCACACCUCUCGGCAAUCUCACCGUCGAUACUGAGCUCGUAGACACGGUCAGAAAAGACUGGAAGUUGAAGACCAUGUCCAGGCAGCAAGACGAGGACGAACAUAGCUUAGAGAUGCAUCUGCCGUACAUCUACAAGAUGUUGUCACUUCACAACCCAAGCUUCAAAUCAGAUAGCUCCUCAGUUCCCCUUGUUCCUGUCCUAGUCGGCGCGACCAACAUCUCCACCGAACGCGAUCUCGGCUCCAAACUCGCCCCCUACCUCGCCGACGCAACAAACCUCUUCGUUAUUUCCUCCGACUUCUGUCACUGGGGCUCACGCUUUCGAUACACAUAUUAUCAGUUACCUGACGGUAGCGCCAAAGAGCUCCGAUCCUCGUCAGAAGUCAAGAAAGACUAUCCAAUUCAUGAGAGCAUCAAGGCAGUUGACUUCGAGAGCAUAGACGCGGUCGAGACCGGGGAUCACAGACAGUUUCUGGAACAGCUGCAAGAGACUGGAAAUACGGUGUGUGGACGGCAUCCGAUUGGUGUCUUCAUGGCGGCUGUGGAGCAGGCGAGUGGACUGCAGGGCGAUGGCAAGUUCAAGUUCGUGCGGUAUGAGAGAAGUAGCGAGGUAGUGAGCGUGAGGGAUAGCAGUGUGUCAUAUGCCAGUGCAUUUGCUGUGCUUUGA